UAUCAAAAUCAGUUGUAGUCCUGCACUGUCAAGUGAAUCUUCUUCUUUAAAUCCUUAAACUUGUUAAACAAAUAAAACACUUUAUUCAUCAUGAUGGAUCUAGCUGGAAAGAAUGUUGUUCUCGUUGGAGGAUAUGGUGGCAUUGGUAUGGCCACUGCUCGCCUUCUCUUAAAGAAGAAGAUUGCCAAUCUGGUCAUUGUCAGCCGUUUGGAAAACAUGGAAAACUUACGCAAACUUCAAGCUGAAGCUUCCAACGUUAACGUACUAUCGGUUCAAAUGGAUAUCACAAACCGUCAAAGCAUCGAAAAGGGUAUGAAAGAUAUCGCUUUGCAAAUUAAGCAAAUCGAUCUUUUGAUCAAUUCUGCUGGAGUGCUGAUGGAUCGUGAUGUUGAAACAACUAUUGCUGUUAACUUGACCGGAUUGAUCAAUACCUGCCUUAUGGCCUUGCCAUUGAUGGACAAAACCCAAAUGGGACGUGGUGGACUUAUUGUUAACCUUGCUUCUGUUUAUGGUUUGGAACCAAAUGGAGCUUUGGCUGUAUUCUCAGCUGCCAAACAUGGAGUCAUUGGGUUCACUCGUUCAAUGAGCGACGAAACCAUUCAACGACGCACUGGAGUCUCAAUGAUUGCUGCUCUUCCAGGCUUAACUCAAUCAGAACUCAUGAUGAACUUGCGUGAUAAGACAACUUUGGAUACCACCAAGGAAUUGGUUGAACAAAUGUUGGCUGCCAAACAACAAAAACCUGAAGAUGUUGCACUUAAUCUAAUGAAGGCUAUUGAAAUGAACAAAAAUGGUGCUUUGUACAUUCUAAACUUGGGCAACCUCAAGGAAGUUUCAUUGAACACCCAUUGGCAAUUGUAAAAAAAACUUGUGAUAUCAUGAUACAACUCAAUUUAAAAUGACUUUGGCAUUUGAAAAUUCUCUGGACUUAAUCUCACUGAAUUCAUUGUUUUUUAUUUAAUAAAAAUGUUCUUGAAAUAA